GGAGGGGUAGUGGAGAAUGGUGGGGGGGGGGUGGCUGUUUUGGCGCGAUCCGGAUCCCAUUGAUAACCCGUACGAUCCGGAUCCUCACUCCUGCAAGGAUCCGGAUCCGCGUAGCGCUCCUGACUCAGUCAUGCCUUCUUUGAAGAAGAGACAAAAGCAAGGACAGUCCAAAGCAAAAGCCGAUCGUGAAGCGACUGUGCCCCCAUCUGACGGAACCGAGCCACUCGUGAGCAUGGACCCCAAGGCUGCCGACGCGGCCCCCGACGCAGACACCGAUGGUGCCGCCAACACCACAUCCACCGCCAACGACGAGGUGGAAACCGUGGACAAGGAGGCGGUGCCAGAGGGAGAGGAGGCGGGGUCUGCCGCAAAGGGGGCAGUGUCUGGGGCCAAGGGAGUGCAAGCAGCGGGUGCAGGGAAAGAUGACGGCAAGCAAAAGCGCCGCAUCAUUCCUUCCUGGGCCAGCCUCACGAGCUCCCAGAAUGCACUGGUGCAACGCGGCACGUGCCGCGUUGCGUCCAACCGACCUAAGAUGGCUGCCAUCCUGACCGAGGCGCUGCAGGCUUGCGCGCAGCGCGGCGGGGCGUCCGUGGUGGCCAUCAGGAAGUACAUCGUGGCCGAGUACCCGGGCCUGGGACUGCAGCGCCGUGGCUACCUCCUGAAGCAGGCGCUGAGCCGCGAGCGUGAGCGCGGACGUAUCCGCCAGCUCACAGGAAAAGGGGCCUCGGGCCGGAUUGAGCUGUCCAAACCAAGUGCCCGUGCAAAUGGAAAAACGGGUCCCCAGGCAGUCGUUCCUCCCACCAAGCUGGAGGAUGCCCUGCCAUUGGCGUUUACGCGCGUCUGCGUGCCCAAGGAGGCAUCGGUUGCCUUUAUCCGCAAGUACCUGCUGCAACACUAUCAGCACCUGCCCGUGGGUGACAGACCCACCAUGCUGAAGCAAGCUCUACAGCGCUGCGUUGGGAAAGGGCAGCUGGAGCAAAUCACAGGCAAAGGAGCUUCUGGGACAUUCCAGCUCUCGCCCAGGUCUCCGUUUCCACGGCAGCCACUGGAGCGCGCCAUUUCAACGGCGAUUGUGGCGAUGAAUGAGCCCAAAACGGCGUCCGCCACGGCACUACGCAAGCACUUCGCUGCGGAUGGCGUCAAGGCCCACGUGCUGAAGCGCGUGCUGCAUAAGUGCGUGCGUAACGGCUGGAUCGAUCAGAUCUCGGGUCACGGUUUCAGUGGAACCUACCGCCUCGCAUUCCCGUACUACCCCAGCCCCCUGAUUCUCUUCCCAGAGGACAAGGAUAUGCUGGAGGGCCGAGCCGGCCGAGACACAGAUGACGACAUGGAAGAUGCCAACGAGGAUGAAGAGGAGGAAGAGCAUGAUGAGGAGGACGAUGAUGAUGAGGACGAGGAGUCUGAGAGCGACUACUCUGAGCCAAAGCAUACUCGGGCACGCAAGAGACCUCGCUCGGUGCUCGCCAAGAAGACCCCGCGUCGGUCCUCCGCAUCGUCGGGCCGCGCCGCCCACGGCCGCAAGCGGAGCUCGGCCGCCAGGGCCCGCGCGCCGGCCAAGCGCGGCGCGCGGGCGAGCCGCUCCGCCGCUGCCCCGCCAGCCGCGGUCGCCACCCCUGCCAAGCAGGUGGCGUCGCGAGGCAGGGCCGCCCCCGCCGGGCGGCAAAAACGCGGCGGCCGCGCGUCACGCGGCGCCGGCGCCGCCGCCGCCGCCGCCGCGCCGGCGCCCCCCACCGUCGCCGCUAAGGCUGCGACCAGGUUCAAGGUCGCUUCGGCGAAGGUUCCGGCCAAAACCGCCGAGCCCAAGGCUGAAGCCGUCGCCAAGAGCGACGCGACGCCCAAAACCGCCGGCAAAAAGCAGGCGGCGGCAGGUUCUGGGGUCGCUAAGGCGAGCAAGAAAGGAUCUCCGGCCGCGCGCAAGGCCACCGCCGUGAAGGGUGUUGUUGCGGCGUCACCCGCACGAAAGAUGAGGCCCAGACGGCACUAGGCCUGUACGACGGCGCAGCCCCUGGUUAGAAAAAGCCUUGAGGUGUCUUUGAUACAGUUUUUUUCUUGUUCUUCUUUAACGUUUCGUUUUUUGGGCCUUCAUGAGUGAUAUUAACAUGUCCGGUCUCGUUGCGUGCGUGUCGCACGCUAGUUUAGCGGCACAACGGUGGUAUUUUUAUUUUUUAUUAUCUUGUUUGAGCCCGGCGUGCUUUACGACGUACACCGUGGCUCACCGACGAUUGAAGGUGCUCUGCGUGCGCGUGUGUGCACGCGCGUGCGACUCGCGCGCGUGCACAUAUUUGUUAGGAUUCCUCGGGAGUGCCUGGUUUGGGCUCCCGGAGCCCCGUGGGAUUUUGUGCCGAUCCAGGCCUCUAGUCGUAGCCACACCACGACGAGUAAUCGAGUAGUAACACAAUUGUAGUCAUGUUUAUGUAGUUGAGAUGUCCCUUGGUCCUUUUCCCUGAGGCUGUGUGAAUUCCACUUAGUUACCAGUGGCCCAUUAUUUUUUUAAUGCACUCCCUCUCUAACCCCUUUUAUGUCACAGUAUACAGUCGCCGCUAAUCUUCCAGGCAAAUUUUGUUUGCCUUCCGCCGGCAUACAUUGGCCCACUUGUCCCAAUAGCGAUGCAAAAACUUUUUUAAUGUCCAUUCUAAAGUCAGUGGACGACAUAAUGUCCCCUCUAAAAAGACAUGCAUUCAUCCCUGACAUUAACAGUGAAUGCAUUGUCAGCAGGGCAGUGUAGAGAUUGAUAUUAUGGUAGAACACAUUGCCAGACAAAUGUUGUGGUCUUCUCACUGCUAAUUCCUGGUCUCUUCUGUAAUAAAGGACUAUGAUUGAAGGGGAUCCUAUUUGAAAUAGUUUUGUUGUGUAGUUUUAUGCUGCCACCCUUCUAGCCUCUGCUGAUUAUAGGAGUUCUGGAAUUACUUUUUAUUCUCUCUGUUACAUGACUCCCAUAACAAUAAAAAUUGUGACAUCGCGGUCGGUGAUGAACAUACAAAAUAAAUCGAUUCUUGCAACGCAUUUAUUUGUUAAACUAACAUGCCAACGUGUAUCACUUUUCAUAAGGUGGGUGAACAUGGACGAGUACACCCAACAUCUGAAGAAAUAUUUAGUAACUCUGGAGAGUUUGGUGUUCAUGGCCAGGGUUGUGGCUCCCUCAAGUUAAUCGUGGCACUUGGUGUUAUGGUUUAGUUCAAAUCCCGUCACCCUUUUAUAACCAUCCGCAUUGUGCGUGUCCUGUGAAAAGCAGAUGCUAAAACACUGUCACCGUCUGCUGUGUAAGGCCAUCAUCGUAUGCAGGCCCCCACAACCAGAAUUUUCUAAAUGUUAAAAUGUCCGUCUGUUUGAUAGUUUAGUUUUUAAAAGUAAUCAUUUUCAUUUACAAUGCUUAUACAUUUUGUAUACUCUGUUAUUUUAAGUAUGUAUUGCUACUAAUAAUACAGCUAGCGUUUUGUUGUAAGCUUCACCUAGAGAAGUGUGGUAGAAGCUUGCUGCCAGCAAGGCAGAAGAACGGUAUCGAUACGGAAUGUCUUAUACCACCCUUGCUGUGUUACAUGUGUACGAUUUUAUUGUGCGCGUGUAGUCAAUGACUUCGUUUUGGCAUUGACAACAUGGCUGACAGGUUCAAAUGUGUUCACACGGAUAACGAAAUGGUUGAAAGUUAAAUAAGAACGUCACAGUCGUGAUUUUGUGUGGCUUGAACUUCCCGGUAUGUUCCUGUUGCAGAGUUAUUUUUGACCUAAUUUUAGGGAGGGAUUUUAUAUUGGAAGGAUAUUGUUUUAGCUAACUCCAAUUAGCACGGUUGGCUACGUAUGAUGCAAAAUAAGUUCAACAUGCAUACAUACAGAAACACGAAAUUAAGCUACUUUGGUUUUUGUGGUGUAAUUUUGAUAACCAUACCUUCAUUUUGUUUGCCGUUUCAAAAAACAUUAUAUAGGUAAUAAGGUUCAAUUGUCGAACAGAAGUAAGUCAGAGGGCAUUAUUAUCUUGUUUCCCUUAGGCAUGUGUUUCAAUAAAAACAAGUCAAGCAUGGAAUGGUUUUAAACUUUACUAAGCCUCGUCAGCUAAGUUUGACCGCAUUAACCAAUUCCAAUGGAUGCCCCCAUUUAAUGGGAAACGUUGAACCAGUUUCAAGUUCCAACUUCUCAGUAUCAUCAGCAAAACAUAGCUUCAGAAACCAACACGGCAUCAGUAAUGUGAAAGGAUACUAAGCAAGCUGUUGUUCGAGCGUUUAUUAAUGCCAUUUAAGAUCCAUGUUCUGUAUUCAUCACUGUUUGAUAUACCAGUGAUUUAAAAGGGAAAGGCUGUGACCGGAUUUCUUUAACAAUGGUCGAGAAGCAACCAACGUCCACAUUUGACCAAAUGUUCAAGCUUUAAGAGGGGGACCUACUCCCAUUGCUCUGCGUCCACUUCCAAACUGGGCAGUUGCGGUUGCUCCAAAUAUUCUCACUUCAUUUCUACACGUGGUGUGGAAGCAUCUGAACAGGCGUCAAUCUCAUCAUUUCUGGGCUGCAUCUUGAGUCACCGCUUAUGCGCUGUACUACUAAAGUACUCUGGAGAAGCCAUCCAUUCUGGCUUAAAGGCAAACGGUAAACUACCGUUGUCUCCCCCCCGCAGAUGUUUAAUGUAUUAAAAUAAGUUUGCCGGUCUCUCUCUUGACAGCCCUAGCAAGUAAAAUAGCAUGUAAAAGGCAAGUUCGACAAUUUUAAAUCAGCACGGGCAGUUCUGAAGAAAAAAAGAAUCCAACACUAUUAAAUAGUUAUAUUGAGACACCGUCCUAAGUGAUAAAAAUCAGAUUUUGGAAAAGGGUAUGAUCAUGAAAGAGGACACCACAAAUGACACAAUGGCUUCAUUGCUUCCAACAGCUAUUGCCAUUUCAGUACUCAGCAAUUUGUAUGGAUUUUUUUUCGUCUUCGCUGGCAAUAUUUGGAGGGGAAAGGUCUGGUGCCAGAAUGUUAUUUGCAUUGCGUGAACGUUCCAAGUUUGGCAUUCGGUACCUUUGUAUUGGCAUAACCUGGGCGAGUGUCUGCCCUGCCCUGCCUGUCAUUACACAUUCACCUUGUAAAGUGUAGCCCCAGUUAUUACUGCAUCUUGAGCUUUUUUUAAGCACACUUUCCAAGACAACAAUGUUGCCGUAACAGGACAAGCUAUGCUGAAUGCUGUAGCAAUUAUCUUAAUGUCGUGAUCGCCCAGACUUAAUAACAACGAUAACAAACUCCCUCCCUGCUGUGAUCUAUUAGAGAGUAUUUAGAUGUGUGAAGGCCCACAUAUAAUAUUGGCUUGACCAGCUUGUGUUUCUUAAUUUUCCUUUGUGUUUUUGUAAUACGCUUAGCAAAUGCAUGUGAAGUAGUACAUACUAACCAAUUGUUUUAGUUCAUAAAGAAGCAUUAAACUUUGACAUUUGAUUCCAUUCAAUGGUU